UUCGAUCCCGGGAAAAGACUCGCGUUGGGGCCCAUUCGAGUGCGGCUUUGGGCUUUUCGUUUUGUUUUGUUUUUACGCACGCGGCUAAAGGAUGUACGCGACACUGGUAACCCUGUCACUGUUGGCGUGCGCGAGCGCAGCGCCAGCCGAGCCUCAGGGCCAAGUGAUUCCCAUAGUCAGCCAGACCCAGGAGGGCCCAAACCCGGACGGCAGCUACAAGUGGGCCUUCGAGUCGGGAAACGGGAUAAAGGCGAACGAGGAGGGCCACGUGAAAAACGCGGGCUCGGAGAACGAGGCGAUGGAGGCCCAGGGUGGCUUUAGCUACAAGGGCGACGACGGGGUCGACAUCCAGAUGACUUACAUCGCUGACGAGAAUGGCUUCCAGCCCGUGGGUGCCCACAUACCGACGCCACCGCCCAUCCCGGAGGCGAUUAAACGCGCCCUCGAGUGGAUAGAGAAGAACCCGUCGCCCGAGGAUAAGGCGUAGACGGAGACCUUGUGGAUUGUGCGUUGAUCGGGGGUUCGAGUGCCAAGCGUUGGUCGCUGGGAUUGUUUCGAUGUGUGUGUGUUUUAUUUUUUUAUUUUUUAUUUUUACUUCACUACAUUGACGUGCUUGCCAAGUUCGAUCUCACAGUCGUGUAUGCGAUUUUCAUGCUUCUUCCACUCUGAGGUUUCGUUCGAGUGGUUUUACAGUGACAAAAUUCACACUAUUAUUGCCCACUGUUUAUCAUGACGAGGAUGAAAACGAGUCGUCAAUCGUCAUGGACUCACUUGUGUCCUGUUCCGAAUUUAAUAUAUGUAUAACUGUGCACCCCUUUGUACGGUAAAUGAAUUUUCGCGCACGAGUGAGUGAGGAAAAAUUGUGUUUUUUUGGACUAUUUAUGUGAAAUGAAAAAAAAAAAAUUGUUCAACAGAGACAGAGGAAGCCAAAAACAAGUGUUGUCAGUACCCACACACGCGUGAAUCCCAGAUUUUGCGUUAAGAGUCACAUUGUCAAUCCUUACAAAUUUUGCUUACAUAUAUUAUACAUAUCCUAUAUUUUUGUACAUAUUUAUUCUCUUGCCUAAAAAAUGUUAUUUUUCAAUCCUUCUCUUUAUAUAUAAAACCUAUAUAUAAACAUCCACCUAAGUAUAGUACAAUGUAUAUUAUUUUAUCACAUAACAUAUUACCGUAUCAGAUAGGCCUGCAUGUAUAUCAUCACUGUGCAAUUAAAAUCAAAACAAAAAUAUCGAUGGUUAGUUAUAAUGAAUGUAAUAAUCGUCCUUGUUGCUGAGAGUUCUUUUUUUCCUCCAUGCGAGCGGCAGUUGUACUUAUGGGCACAGAAAAUUUGACGAAGAAGAAGAAGAAGAAGAAGAAGAAGAAAAAGAAUCAAAGGCGUAAACGAGCAGUACUGGUACUUUCUUUUAUACAGACAUACACAAGUGUACCUCUAUAUACAUACAAUACAAGCAAAUAUAUAAUAUAAUAUAUAAGUAGAGCUCAUAUGCGACGUGUUUAAUCGUACUACAAUACAAACACACGAUAUAUGAGGAAUAAAACGUUGCAUCUUGAAAAA